GCAUGAAAAACAAUUCAACUUCUACAGAGUUCUUUGGUCUGAUUUGGUGGGACCUGAGAAAAGUUCUUGUGGGUUGUGUGAGUUGCUUGCCACCUGCUGGUUAUUUUCCAAACUGCAAUUGGAACAGUGGAAAUAUUUCAUUGUAACCUUUUACUCAUUUUGCUCCAUAGAAAUUCUGUUCCAUCAUAAAGCACCAGAUACUUGGUCAAACACUUCUGAAAUGUGCCGAAAGUGAGAUUACAUAUGAACAAGCAAAUUGAAUAAAGUAGAUUGCCCUUCUCUAUACGGGUGGACCCCAUCAACUGAAAUUCUGACUGGAAGAGAAUGGAUGCAUUAGGAAGAAUUUACAUUCAUUCUCUCUGCCAAUCGCCUUUAAGUGAGAAAAUGGGUCUUUACCUGUCUCUGGACUUGGAACUGGAUUAGAAUUUACACCAUCAUCCCUCCCUGUUUUCCAGCCUUCAGGCUCAGACCAGAAUGACAUUAAGCACUCUCCUGGGUCUCCAGGAAACAAGCUAUAUUGAAGAAAACGCCAAUCAAAAUGGUGCCAUUUCCCUGAUCUUCUCUCUCAAGGAAGAAGUUGGUGCAUUGGCCAAAGUCCUGCGCUUAUUUGAGGAGAAUGAUAUAAACCUGACCCACAUUGAAUCCAGACCUUCCCGUGUAAAGAAAGAUGAGUAUGAAUUUUUCACCUAUCUGGAUCAGCGUAGCCUGCCCACGAUGACUAACAUCAUCAAGAUCUUGAGGCAAGAAAUUGGUGCCACUGUUCAUGAACUUUCCCGAAGUAAGAAGAAAGACACAGUGCCCUGGUUCCCCAAAACCAUGCAAGAGCUUGACAAAUUUGCCAACCAGAUCCUCAGCUAUGGAGCAGAACUGGAUGCAGACCACCCGGGUUUUACAGAUCCCGUGUACCGGGAAAGACGGAAGCAGUUUGCUGACAUUGCCUAUAACUACCGACAUGGACAGCCCAUCCCUCGAGUGGAAUACACAGAGGAAGAAAAGAAAACCUGGGGCACGGUGUUCAGGACCCUGAAGUCUCUGUAUAAAACCCACGCCUGCUAUGAGCACAACCAUAUUUUCCCACUUCUGGAAAAGUACUGCGGCUUUCGCGAGGACAACAUCCCCCAGCUGGAAGAGGUUUCUCAGUUCCUGCAGACUUGCACUGGUUUCCGCCUCCGUCCCGUUGCUGGUCUACUUUCCUCUCGGGACUUCUUGGCUGGUCUGGCCUUCCGAGUCUUCCAUUGCACCCAGUACAUCAGACAUGGGUCCAAACCCAUGUACACACCUGAGCCGGACAUCUGCCAUGAGCUGUUGGGACAUGUGCCUCUGUUUUCAGAUCGCAGCUUUGCCCAGUUUUCCCAGGAGAUAGGCCUUGCUUCUCUGGGCGCACCUGAUGAGUAUGUUGAGAAACUCGCCACAAUUUACUGGUUUACUGUGGAAUUUGGGCUAUGUAAACAAGGUGGCUCCAUUAAAGCAUACGGUGCUGGGCUCCUGUCAUCCUUUGGUGAAUUACAGUACUGCUUGUCUGAUAAGCCAACGCUCCUCCCGCUGGAUCUGGAGAAGACAGCUAUCCAGCCAUAUACCGUCACAGAGUUCCAGCCUCUGUACUAUGUGGCUGAGAGUUUUAAUGAUGCCAAGGAGAAAGUAAGGAACUUUGCUGCUACAAUCCCACGACCCUUCUCGGUUCGUUAUGACCCGUACACCCAAAGUGUUGAGUUUCUGGACAGUACCCAGCAACUUAAAAUUUUGGCUGAUUCCAUUAACAGUGAAAUUGGAACCCUUUGCAAUGCCCUUCAGAAAAUAAAGUGAAGCCCUGGGAGUAACCUGAUAUGGCAACUGAAAAUCUGUUGAUGGAAAUCCAAUUACUUCUUUCAUUUCAUCUGAAAAGAAUAGAGAAUUUAAUUUGAAAUGAUGAGUUUAAAUUCUCUGUGAAACAAGAUGAAGGAUCAACAGAUAAAUCAAUAAUCUGAAAUGAUAAUACCUCAAAGCCUAUUGGUAGAUUCUCAGAGUUGAUAAUAUCAUUAUCUGAAAAGAUAGGAAUGUAAUAAUUUCAGAGUUCAUCAGAGUUAAUUUUAAAAUUUGAUCUUUUAUCAAGGUUAUUGCCUUUGCUAUUUUCCAGAGAUAAUUACUAAGAGAUUACAUAUAACACAACGAAAAUCACAAUUCUGUCAUUUUCAUUGAAUUUUAGAUUUAACAAAAGUCUUAGCCAAGAAGUCAUUUUACAUCUGUUACUGUGAUUCUAAUUACUGUUUCAUCUUGUUGACAUAGAUUUCCUUUAAUUUAUAAACCCAUUAAAAUAAUUAUGGUAUUAAAUUUAUAUCAUAAAACUAAAAUAUUUGUUUGUUUAUUGCAUUUCUAAAUACUUUUCAAGAAGGUAACAGAAUUUUCCCACUGACUCCUGUGGCUUCAUGUGUCACUUUCCAGUCAAUUUUAGUUCUGUUUUGUGUUACCUUUUGAAAACACUUCUGAUGCAAGAGAUGUUAACUGAAGACCUGGGUGGUCGAUAAACAUUAAAUAAAUUUUUUUUUAGUUUAUUUUUAAUUAGAGAGUCAUCGUGAGGGUACAGUUACAGAUCCAUACAUCUUUGUGCUCAUGCUUCCCCCAUACAAAGUUUGAUAACCCAUCCCUUCACCAGUGCCCAUUCUCCACCACCCGUAAACCCAACAUCCCUCCCCCCAAACAUUAAAUAAAUUUUUAAUGAAAUAAUAAUGGAUUACAUUACUAGAUAGAAAAUUCUCAACAAAGGUGAGAUUAUAAUUGCUAAAUAAUGCUAGAAGUUAUAAAAUUUCAUGUUUUCAGAUAAUUCUUAUAAUAAAAUGUUUCUCUCAUUGCCUUAGUAGGCAAUAUUAGUAGGGUGAACAUGUGAUGUGGAAAAUUU